CAUUUCACUUACGUUAAUGUUGGCCAGAUUGGUUCACAUUCUUAGGGGUAAUCAUAUGGCCACUUGGACACAAUCCGCCGACUUUCCCGCUUCCCCUGGCUCCUUUGUGCUAGAUUUUCAUUGAGUACUACUUUACAGGACAAGAACCAUCAACUCAUCAGGCAAUCAUGUUCUGAUGGCUCAAGAUGAUGCUAGACAGUCUUUGCUUUCCAGAAAUGGGGUUCCUGCUAAUUUCAGUGGAAACACAGCUCUCCAGAGAAGAAAAUCUUGGUGUGGUGAGACCAGUGCACUUUUAAAUAAGUCUAUCUCCCUGGGGGAAAAUAAUAUUCAGUCUCUUCUACGUUCAGGAUCUUCCAUAGAUCAACAGGAAAUUAGGUUCAAGCAAGUGUUUGUCUUGUUAGUGGCUUACCUUGGAGCGGGGACAGUUUGCUUUUACCUCGUUCGGCAUCAGAUUGAGGGUAAGAAAACAAAUGGGAUUUUCGAUGCCAUGUACUUCUGUGUUGUGACAAUGACUACUACUGGAUAUGGGGAUCUUGUGCCUCGUAGCACGUUGGCGAAGUUAAUUGCCUGCAUUUAUGUUUUCACUGGCAUGGCUCUUGCUGGGUUCACUCUUGGUAAGGCAGCAGAUUACCUUGUUGAGAAGCAUGAAAUUCUUUUUGUUAAGGCAAUGAGCAAGAUUGAAAAGGUUGGUUCAGCUGAGAUUCUUAAGGAGGCUAAGGUCCACAAAGCCAAAUACAAGUUUUUGAUGUCUACAGUAAUGCUGUUGGUGCUUAUAAUUGUGGGAAUUCUCUUCCUAAUUCUCGUUGAAAAAUUAAAACCUGUUGAUGCUUUUUAUUGUGUUUGUUCCACCAUCACUACUCUAGGAUACGGGGAUGAGAGUUUCUCAACUGGAGUGGGUCGGAUUUUCGCUGUUUUCUGGAUACUGAGUAGUACUCUUUGCUUAGCUCAGUUCUUUCUUUGCCUCACUGAACUAUACACCGAAAGUAGGCAAAAGUCAAGGAUUGAACGGGCUCUUACACGAAACCUUACAUUUUCAGAUCUUGAGGCUGCUGAUCUUGAUCAUGACAGAAAAGUCAGUGCUGAAGAAUUUAUCAUAUAUAAGCUGAAGGAAAUGGGGAAGAUCAGCAACGAUGAUAUUUCACUCAUACUGGAAAGGUUCCAAAAACUUGACGCUGAUCAUUCAGGAACUUUGACAGCCACAGAUAUGAUGUAACCUUCAUCAUCUCAAGCACAAAGCUAACUGACAGCAUCUUGGUAAAGUUAAUAAAAAAACAUAUUGAGAAUUUAUCUCUUAUCACUUGAUUCAUAUUAGUGAAUGAAGUCCUUAAGGAUUACUCAGUCAUUCCUUAAUUGGUCUGAUACUCUUUUUAAUAUUUGUCAUAAAGCAAAAACGUAAUUUCUGUUUCCUCUGCACUGAUUCUAUAUUGAUCAUAAGUUACUCGAAACAAACUGGAAGCAUGUGGGAUGCACCUGCAUCUGCUUGAAA